AGAAAAAUUUUAAGAAGAUGGACAACGAUACAAACUAUCAGUUACAAUAUGUGAACAGAUUUUCAGACAUUGCUCUCAGCAGCACCAUUCUCAUCAUUAUCGGUGCCGUGAUUGGAGUCAUAGGAAACACAGCCAUCAUAUUUUUCUACUUCUUCCGGAUUAAGGAGAGAGGCGAGCGAUACUUCAUUCCUCUGCUUGGUGUGGUAGAUCUACUAGGAUGCCUUACCAGCCCACCUUAUUACAUAAUGGAUAAUGAGUACAUGUAUAACUACCCCAGUACAGCUGCUUGUCGAGUUCUAUCAUCUCUACAGAUUUGUGUUCCUGGAAUAUCAGCACAUACACUCCUCCUCAUAUCAAUUCAAAGGUAUCUUCUAGUCUGCAAACCGUUUGGACCAAAAAUGACGCAUUUCUGGAAAAGGGUUUUAUUUAUAGUCGUGUGUUUGGUCUCAUUUGUUUAUGCAAUACCACUACUUUUCACUGCUGGAGUCGUUAGGAGCAAUAUUUCUUACAUGAGUCACAAUGUGACAACAGAAGUGUGUAAAUUUUCCAGCGAACAGUCACUCUUAAUGACCAUUUAUACUGCUCUCUUGUUCCUGGUAAUGGUGGCAAAUAUUGUAUUUACUGCUGGACUCUAUGUUCCUGUUUUAAAGCAGGUAAGAAUUUCAUUCCGGUCCAGAACGGUCAAAUACGAAAUUCACAGAGAUAGCCAUGCAGCUCCAACGACCGAAACCUCGCAAGCCACCCGGACAUCUGAUAUAGAAACUUAUGAUAUUGAUAAGCCAAGUCAUUCUAUUGAUCUACAGGCAGCAGAAGCAAAAGUUGAAAUACCAAACUCGCCAAAGAAAGUUAGAUUCGAAAAUUCUAACGAAUAUACAGAAGCUGCGGAAGACCAUGAUAAUGAUGAACGUAUAACUUCAUGUGAUACUGUUGGUACUUCUCCUGAUAAUGCUUCAAAUCCACAAAAACCUGCCAAAACGGACAGAAGAGGAAAUUCAAGAAUCAAAUCCGCACAAAAACGGGUUUCGAUUAUGUUUUUCUACCUAAUUUUGGCGUAUGUGCUGUCUUAUAUACCCCCACUCAUCAUUCUUAUUCUAAUAUACACGUUAGAUGGCUUUGCGUUUGAAACCAGAGAUAGGACAGAGAUGGCAAUUUGGUUCUAUCUGACACGACUGGUCUUUCUGAAUCACAUUGUCAAUCCUUUUGUUUACGGCUAUUUUGAUACCAAGUUCAAAAGGCAGCUGCGUAAAUUUUUUCUAAGAAAGACAUGA